AUGGGCUAAAAAUCAACGAGACACAAACUUUCACCAAAAACUAUAGCCUCAACUGUCCAGGAAUUUAACAAAAUAAUAAAUGAUCCAAGCAUUUAAAAUUUCAGAUAUACCAAUUUGGAGCUUAACUUCUUGCAAUAUGCAAUAUAUUGCAUGAAAAAUGACUUUGUCUUGUAUAUAAUGUACAUUUUCGACAUAAUAGAUGAGCAGUAAUAUUUUGGAAAUACUGCGUUACAUCUUGCAUCAAUUAUAAACGACUCUUUAAUGGCAGAAAUAUUAAUAGCAACAGUUUCUGUUUCAGGACUAGAUUUAAACAAGCCUAAUAAAAAUGGUCACUUACCAUUUUAACUUGGCAUUAUCUAUAAUAAUUAUAAUACUGCAGCACUUUUAAUGCCUCAAUAAUAUCAAAGAGAACAUCCAUCUCUGAUAAAAGAAAUUAGAUAGAAAAGGAAAGGGAUUAAAUCUGAGUCUGAAGGAAGUUAGUGGGAUUCUAUUGAGAAUAAAAUAGUUGAUGAGGAACUACAACAAUUAAGGUCAAGAGAUUGGGAUGCACCUUUAGGAUUAAAAAGUGUUUAAGCUAAGUAGAAAUCCUUACAAGAGCCUUUUGAAAUGAGUAAAACUAUGGAGAUAAACGAGAUAGAUCACCUUGUCGUGAACAUGCUAGCCAAAGAUGGCAAUUAUGAUAGGAAAAGUGUCGUGAAAAAAUAUGAGGAGUUUAAAAAAGCUGUUUGGAAUUAGCAACUUUUGAUUCAUAAUCUUGAGGAUAGGAAACUUGACAUGACUUAAGAAAAGAUCAAUUCAGAUUUAGCAUCUCCAAGAAUUAGAUCACCAAUAAGGUCUAAUAAUCAAAGUGUAACAAAUAAGACAAGCAACGUAAACAUAUCAUUAAAUGACUUAAACUUCGAACAAACAGUAAAUAAGAUACUAGCUGACAAUAAAUACAUGGGCGAAGCAGUACCUUCAAAAUUAAUGAAUAAUAUCCAAUAGGUUUGA